CCUCCCUCCCAGCAACAACCAUGGCGUCAAAACGGGCUCUCUGCGCGCUGCGCGCAGGCAACAGCGUUGCCUCGCCCUCUAGGGGACUGGCGACCUCCUCCAUCGCUCGGGACGAGCUUGCGCGCGCGCAGGCGUCCGACCCGUCUCCCGUCGAGACGGGCGACAAGCUGCGCCUCGAGUUCCCGCCGCUGAACCGCGUGCCGCCCACGCACGGCGUGCACGUCGCGACGCUGCACUUGCGCGCUCACUACCCGUUUGCGCUGGACAUCCAAACGCGGAUCGCGAUGCACGCGGCGUCAUCGCUCAAGAUCCCGACGUCGGGCGCCGCUGCGCUGCCCACUAAGAGCGAGCUCACGACCGUCAUCCGCGGCCCGUUCAUCCACAAGAAGAGCCAGGAGAACUUUGUGCGCAAGACGCACAAGCGCGCGAUCAAGGUGUUCGAUGCGGACCGCGACGUCGUCGACCUCUGGCUCCGCUACAUCCGCAAAAACGCGAUGGGGGGCGUCGCGAUGAAGGCGUAUGUGCACGAGUACGCCGAGUUCGGGUUCGCGGGCCAGGAGACGGCCAACCUCGAGUACUUGCUUGCGGGGGGCAAGGUCGCCGCGGCGGCGGACGAGAUCGUCAAGGCUUUCGGGGGGAUCGAGUUCGAGGAGCCCAAGCUCGUGACUGAGGGUGAGGCGGAGGCCGCUGAGGACGUCAAGGCUGAGGCUGUAGAGGAGGCUGAGGCCGCCCCCGUUGAAGAGGUCAAAGCCGAGGCUGCUUCUGAGGAGGCUGUGAAGGAGGAGAAGACCGAGCCCGAGCCAGCAAAGGCCGAGGCCAAGGACACCCAGGCAUAGGUAUACGCAUAGACGC